AUGGCGACAUCUAACGCUACUCUGGUAGCCACCGACACGACCAUAGCACUGACCAGAGCUACGUCAUCAAUGUUGUACGUCAUGUACACCGUGAUUGGUCCAACCCUCGGCGUGCUGGGAAUCCUGGGAAACAUCAUCAACAUCAUCAUCUUCUCCCGACACGGCUACAACCAAGCCAUGAACAUCACCCUCACGGCGCUGUCCGUCUGCGACAUCGGCACCCUGCUGACGCAACGCGUCUACAACAUCCUCUGGAACCCGUUUUACGACAACACGGACACCACCUACGUCAAAUCUGACGUCAUUGCUAUGUUCUCUACCUACCCAGGGAAAUAUUUCAUCCGGGUCUGUGGUUACGUCACGGCUUUCGCGGCAUUCGAAAAAUGUCUGAGCGUCAUCGCGCCGAUGAAAGUUAAAAACAUCAUCACAACAAAGGUUGCUACAAUAACAAACAUCGUCAUCUUUGUUACCAUGACGCUAACGGUCUUUCCUCUAUACUACGUGAGUUACUUAGACGUGAGGUACUCAGCUAAGUUGAACAGAACUGUUCUACAAAUGGGAUACCGCGAUUUCAGACAAGCACUUGUCAGUGUCGCUUAUUGGAUAGCCGACCUGGCAGUACCGUUUAUAUCUUUUGUAACCCUCAUCCUUUGUAAUCUAAUCCUCGCCGUAUCACUCCGCCAAAAAUUCAACUGGCGCAAAACUGUUUCGCAAAUUAGUGAUAAACGAUUAGCGCACUUGAGCAGUAAAGAAACGAAAUUGGUACAGAUGUUGAUGACAGUAUCUGUGAUAUUUAUCUGCAGUCUGUUGCCUAAAUCUGCGUUACUGGCGGCUGCAAGCAUAGACAGGUCGCUAGACACAGGCGGGAACCGUUUCUACAUCAUGGAGCUGGUGUACGCCGUCUCUAUCUACACGGAGACCAUCACUGCCAGCGUUAACGCUUUGGUCUACUACAAGAUGAGCAGCAGGUACAGGGAUACAUUACAUGAGAUGUUCAGGCAAGCAAAGAGGUUGUUUUCUUGA